AUGGCUCUAGUGGGUCAGCCAGCCACGUUCUGCUACGAUGGCUUCGUCGGUGACGGUGUGCCCGCGUUCAUGGACGCCGGUGGCGUCGGGUUCGGCUACGGGUACGAUCACCACUCCCAUCUCCUCGAGGAGGAAUGCUUGCUCGGUAGCCACGCCCACGGAUGGGAGUUGCCGCCGACCGGCAAUCUUGGCGCCGAGGCGCCGGGCAGCGUCAACGCGUUCGGGGGCCACGACGUCGGCUGGACGAACCCAGCUGGCCGCCUGUCGUCUUCUUCGGCCUCCUCCUCGGUGCUCACCUUCGACAACCAGGGUGAGGACAACUACCCCGCUGCCACGUGGAUGGACGCCGCGGACCAGCUGAGCUACAGCCCGUCAACGGCAGCUGCGGCAACCGCGCUGGCAGGAAGCUUCAGCUUCGAGGGCUGCGGCGGCAACGGCCGCACGGCGGCGUCCCCUUCGCACAAGCGGCCUCGUGCGCACGCGGAGGCACAGCAGGGCACGGAGCAAGAAAGCACUACCCUUCCCAAGAAGCAGUGCGGCGGCGAUAGGAAAUCAGCAGUCAAGCCUAGCAAAACGUCCGCGCCCACCAGUUCGGCCAAGGACCCUCAAAGCGAUGCAGCCAAGACUCGUCGUGAGCGGAUCGGGGAGCGUCUGAGAGUCCUGCAGGAGCUGGUGCCCAACGGCAACAAGGUGGACAUGGUCACCAUGCUCGACAAGGCCAUCACUUACGUCAAGUUCAUGCAGCUCCAGCUUACGGUGCUCGAGACGGACGCAUUCUGGCCUGCUCAGGGAGGCGAGGCGCCGGAGAUCUCCCAGGUGAAGGCGGCACUCGACGCCAUCAUCCUCUCGUCGUCGCAGCAGCUUCGUCAGUGGAGCUAA